AUGGAAGAUGAGAUGUUUGAGCAGCUCAUGUAUGUCCUGAACCAACUGGUGACAUGGAUUGCUGCGGGGGCUAUGGUGUUUGGUGGAGUGGUGCCUUACAUCCCCCAGUACAGGGACAUCAGACGGACACAGAACGCAGAGGGAUUCUCCACCUAUGUCUGCCUCGUCCUACUGGUGGCCAAUAUUCUGCGUAUACUGUUCAGGUUUGGGCGCUACUUUGAGACGCCACUCCUGUGGCAGAGCAUUGUCAUGAUAGCCACCAUGUUGAUCAUGCUCAACCUGUGUACCAACGUCCGCGUAGCCACCGAACUCCAGACUAAGCGACGUUCAUUCACAGACUUUGACUGGAGCCACUUCUGGUCGUGGAGUCGUUUCGUGGACUACCUGCAGUGUGUGUUGGCGUUCACCCUGCUGGCGGCCUACGUCACCUACCUGCUGCUGGACUCGUCUGUGUUCGUAGAGAGCCUGGGCUUCCUGGCUGUCUUCACUGAGGCCAUGCUGGGGAUGCCACAGCUCUACUGCAACUACCAGAACAAGAGUACUGAGGGGAUGAGUAUAAAAAUGGUGAUGAUGUGGACGAGUGGGGACACCUUUAAGACGGGUUACUUCCUGCUGACCGAGGCUCCUGUCCAGUUCUGGACCUGUGGUCUGCUGCAGGUGGGAGUGGACAUUGCCAUUCUAUUCCAGGUCUACUACUACAGCCGCUACCCCCAGAAACCCGUCUCGCACACCGUGUCACACACAACCAGCACCAAGGCACUCUGAGACCCCCUAACACACACACACACACACACACACACACACACAUCGUUACCAAUCGGUCAUGAGCACACAAACUAGUUAGAGUUACUUUGCCUGAAGGAUUUUGCUGAAUGACACUUGUUACAUUUCAUUUCAAAACGGAUAGGACCUCCAGUUAUAUGUAUGUAUUUGUAUGUUGUGCAGAUGGUUAUACAAGUAUAUCCCUAAGAAUAUAUCCCUGUAUAUGAAUAUACCUGAGCAUACACACAGAAUCUUAUGCACAUGCAUCAAUCUACAUUGCAGUCAUAUGCACUGUGUAUGGAUGGACACUCAAGGAAGUGUGGACCAGCUUUCCUGUCCAUAGAUCUGAUGAUUGUUGCAUGGAAAAAACUUAAGACUUUCACAAAGGGCUGUUUACUCAGCCAUUGAUCACAAUGUACAACCGAUCAUCAAAGUAACUUAACAGAAACCUUACUGAAUGUACAAUGGAAUUAUUAUUUUGGGGGAAAUUAGAUUCUACAUUUAAUUUAGAUAGCUCUUUGUUCUAAGUUCUCCACGGGUCGGGUCUGUCUGAUCACUUAGGCCUCUUCUGGUCUGGUUGGAAGACCUCCGACUGCUGCUGCUGCUUGUUGGAAAAUUCACCAGAUUAAUUCAACUGGAAGCAACAGCAGUUUUACCAAAAAUGAAAAAGGCUGUCUGGGCCAGAGGCCUGGUUCCUGGGAGCUCCAACACAUUUCCUUCAGAUGACUCUGAGGUAAAGCUUAAGCACUCAGUGGUUCAGUGGACCACUGUGUUGCUGGUAUUACGGACAGUAAGGGAGUCAGUGGAGCGAGGGAGGUAGGACAUUUUGUGAAACAAAUAUUAUGUUUAUGUUACUGUUUUCAUUUAAAGGAGUAGCAGCCAUGUUCGUAGGCCAGGGAACUGGAAGGACUUUCUAUGUUCUGUGUUUUUUAUGGUAAAUGAAAACAACAACAAUGCAUCGGGAAGGACAUUAAGUACAAAGCUCCUGUCUUUAGCACUGUUUAUACAUGGUUCUAACAUGCAUCCUUUCUCCUGUCCACAUUCUGAUCGUGCCCGCAUUUUCAGACAGGUGUAGACGAUUUAAAGACAUGUACGUACCAUGUGUAGACAUAUUUCUGGAAAUAUGGGCACAAUCCGAAUGUGGACAAGAUCAGGACAAAGGUCGCAUGUUAGCGCCAGGUAUAAACAAGGCUUCUGAGGACCUAGUGACAGUCUGUUUGCUGGUCUAUGGACAACUCAACUCAUCUCCCUGCUCCUCUCAGCCUCAAGCACCCCUAGAAACCUUUUAUUUGUUUAAAUAGGACCUUUAGAAUUUUAUAGGAAUAUUUCUUUCUUCAGCUUUCUUCAAAUGUUUUAGAUGUGUGCUUUUGGUGGAGACAUCUUAUUCUGCUGAGGGCUGGUGUGGGUGCAGGGUUUUGUUCUAGCCAAGUAGUAGGCAUGUCCAGACUCAACCUCUUGGAGUGUUUGACCACAUGGUAAGUUGAAUCUCUCUGGGUGUAACCAAGACGAUACCAGCACUACAGCUGUUAUAUUCACUUCUGAACUGCUGGCUAAAACGUAGUUGGUGGUUGCGUCCAAGAUGGCGUCCUAUUCCCUGUUUAUUACAAUACUUUUGACCAAGUAGUGCACUCUAUAGGGAAUAGGGUGCCAUUUCAGACGCAGAUAUAUUUUUUUUUACGCUGGAUACUCUGGGAAACGUUAUUUUAAUCACUGGCGAUGCAGAAUAUUUGUUUUGUUAUGCUAUCCAUAUUUUUCUAAUCCUGAAACGCUUGUAUAAUCACAAACCUUGUACACUUGCCCUUUAUCAAGCUCUUUUUUACAAUGAUGAGGAGGACGGUGACGCAUGUCAAAUGGUGACCGUUGUUGUCAUUGUAUGAAGAAGUUGUGCACCUAGUAAACUCUGGUUGUGUAGCAUCAACCGGGCCAAAAUGACUCACUGUUUCUGAUGUAGUUGUAUUAUUUUGGUGGUGGUUCAGUUUUAGUUGUUCAUGGGUAAAACUGCAGAACUAUUCCUCUGUUCAUGGAGAUGCUGAUCAAACAAUGCCAAUCCUUGUGAUUUUUGAAUAUUUUUUGACAUAGUUUUAGGUCAGGAUUCAAUCUAAGUUGCGUUAUAGAACACUGCACUGGACUGCCGACAAUGCCCCUUUUUAAAGGCAGUUUACACCAAAACCGGCUUUCGCAGUGUCCAUACCAGGAAUUCUAUCUCUGCGAACUCGGGGGAAAUUGCCUUUAAAAAGCGUAUUGUCGGCUGUCCAGUGCACUGCUCUGUAAGGCGCCUUGGACAGAAUCACAGCCUCAGUUUAUGUACCCCCAAUUUUUUUUUAUGUUUAUCAUUACCUUUUAUUACCACGUUGUGACUUGUUGUUUUUCUACACAGUACAUUACCACAUUUCUUUCCAUGGAAUGGCCAGUUCUUUCUAUAGAAUUGCCAGUUCAUCGUCAAUAGACAAUUUAAAUCAACCUCUGUCUGAUAUGCUGUUACUUGUUGCCAGUAUUCAUGAAAGCUCUGUGGCGCUGUCAUUAAAGGCCAAAAUGAGAACUUGUA